UAGAAGUGGAUGUGACGUCACUGACAACUGUGAAAUACGGAAAUUAGAAAUGGCUGCGAUGGGUAGUGGACGGGGGACGAUGGAUUCCCAAAAUCAAGUGCAAAGUGAUACUUUAGAUCGUUUAAAAUUGCUUUACCCUAAUGUGAACGAAGAUGAAACACCCCUGCCUCGAUCGUGGAGUACAAAGGACAAAUUCAGCUACAUCGGGCUAUCGCAAAAUAAUCUACGAGUACACUACAAAGGUGGGACGCAGGGCCCGGGCCGCAGACCCCACCUGCCCUACCUCCACUUACGCCUCUGGAUGUAUCGUCACGGCAAGACACACAAAGACGCGGCGAGCGUACGCGCUACGCACCCCAUUCCGGCGGCAUGCGGCCUGUACUAUUUCGAGGUGCGGAUCGUGUCCAAGGGCCGCGAUGGCUACAUGGGCAUCGGGCUGUCGGCGCACGGGGUCAACAUGAACAGGCUGCCUGGUUGGGACAAACACUCGUACGGUUACCACGGUGACGACGGGCACUCAUUCUGCUCCUCCGGCACGGGUCAACCGUACGGCCCCACCUUCACAACGGGUGACGUAAUCGGCUGCGGAGUUAACCUGGUGGACAACACAUGCUUCUACACCAAGAACGGCCACCACUUGGGCAUCGCGUUUAGAGGACUGCCGCCCAACCUGUACCCCACGGUGGGGCUGCAGACGCCGGGCGAGGUGGUGGACGCCAACUUCGGGCAGCAGCCCUUCGUGUUCGACAUCGAGGACAUGCUGCGCGAGCUGCGCGCGCGCACGCGCCUGGCCAUCGACGAGUUCCCGCUGCCCGACGAGCAGGGCCAGUGGCAGCAGGUGUUGCACCGGAUGGUGUCGACGUACCUGGUGCACCACGGCUACUGCAGCACGGCGCAGGCCUUCACGCGCGCCACCGGCCAGCCCAUCGACGAAGACAUCGCCUCCAUCAAGAACAGACAGAGGAUAUCGAAGCUGGUGCUGUCGGGGCGCAUCGGCGAGGCCAUCGAGGCCACGCGGCGCCUGUACCCCGCGCUGCUGGAGCGCGACCACGAGCUGCUGUUCCUGCUCAAGUGCCGCCAGUUCGUGGAGAUGGUCAACGGCUCCGACUCGCAGGCGCUGUGCGAGGCGGGCGCGGAGGGCGCGGAGGCGGAGAGCAACGGCGUGGCCACGUCCGUCAUCUCGCACGUGGGCCGCGCGCCGCCGCUGCCCGCCAACGGCGAACACCCCGCGCACACCAACGGUGUAGCGGAUACUGAGGACGACGAGCGACUAAACUGUGACGUCGACAUGCCGCCCGCCGCGCCCGCCGCCCCCGCCUCCCCCUCCGCCACCCCCGCCGCCAACGGCACGCACGAAGGUGGCGGGCUGGUGCUGAAGGGCAUGCCCGGCGUGACGGCGUGCGUCGCCGCGCUGCUCGCGUCCGUCAGCCGCACCGAGGGCGAGGGCUGCGGGGCGCGCGCGUCUGUGGAGCGCAUGCUUGCGUUCGGGCGCGAGCUGUAUGCGAUGAGCCAGAAGCUGCGCCAAGACCACUACCACAAGUCCAUGCUAGAGGACGCGUUCAGUCUCCUAGCCUACAGCAACCCGUGGGACAGUCCCGUGGGCUGGCAGCUGGAGCCCGUGCGCCGGGAGGCGGUGUGCGAGGCGCUCAACUCCGCCAUACUCGAGUGGCAGGACAUGCAGUGGGUGUCGCCGGUGGAGGCGUGCGUGUCGCACUCGCGCGAGCUGUUGCGGCGCAUGGCGCGCGCGUCGCUGGGCGCGUGCGCGUUCGCCGACCUGCCCGCGCUGCUGCGCCGCUGA